AGCUGUAGCUCAGUUACAAGGGUUGGCUCUGCGGCUGGUUGCUCUAUCUCUUCUCAAGAUGGCGGCGGUGUCCUCAGCAGCGGCACUGCGUGGAGCAGACUAUGAGAACGGGCUUCGUGGUGGAUCUGGCUCGGCGGUUGCAGGCCAGGAUCCCGGGGAGGACGAUCCCAUGGGCCGCGGAGGGCUGGAACUUGACCUGGAGUUGCUGGGCCCGGGUAGAAGAAGUCGGCGGAUAGGGGGUAGAGUGGCCACGGGAAGGCGGUCGGGAGGACGAGGGAGCACGGGGAGCGGAGGCGCCGGGGGACUGGAGGAACUGGAAGAGGAAGAGCUGGAGGAGGAAGAGCCCGGUGAACUGAGCGGAGAUCCCGCCAUCGAGGACCCGGAGCUUGAAGCAAUCAAAGCGCGUGUUCGGGAAAUGGAAGAAGAAGCCGAGAAAUUAAAGGAAAUGCAGAAUGAGGUAGAGAAACAAAUGAACAUGAGCCCUCCACCAGGAAACGCUGGUCCUGUAAUUAUGUCAAUAGAAGAGAAAAUGGAAGCAGACGCUCGUUCAAUAUAUGUUGGAAAUGUUGAUUAUGGAGCAACAGCAGAAGAGUUAGAGGCCCAUUUCCAUGGUUGUGGUUCUGUGAAUAGGGUAACCAUUCUUUGUGACAAGUACACGGGUCAUCCCAAGGGGUUUGCAUACAUUGAAUUUUCUGAUAAAGAAUCUGUCAGGACAUCAAUGGCCCUUGAUGAGUCUCUGUUCAGAGGCCGACAGAUAAAAGUGGUUCCCAAAAGGACAAACAGACCCGGCAUUAGCACAACAGACAGAGGCUUUCCACGUGCAAGAUAUAGAGCGAGAGCAUCCUCCUUCACUUCCCGUUCCAGAUUCUACAGCGGCUAUCCUUCAAGACCCAGAGGACGCGUGUACAGGGGUCGGGCUCGUGUGACGUCAUGGUAUUCACCUUACUAAAAAUAUAACUUUAGGAAGACCUGAGAGGCAAAAACACAAAAAAAGAAAAAAAAAAAAAGA